AUGUCAAAACAGACUAUUUCAGAAACAAAAUUACGAAAACUAUUAGAACUCAAUCAGAAACUAAAAGAACAGUUGGAUAUUUCUCGUGUUCCUAUCUCAGAAGCCAGUCGAUCACUGAUUGAAUACUGUCAGACGACUCAAGAUAUGAUGAUUCCCUCAAUAUGGGGAAGUAAAAAUUCUGAUCCAUUUACUGAGCCAACUGCUGGAUGUGGUUGUAGCUUGAUGUAA